ACGACAGAGUUUUUAUAGCCCAGGAGAUCAUCUCAUUGGUUUAGUCAUCACUGGAAAUGAAAUAUUGCAUAUAAAGUUGCUUUUCAACGUGGCUCCUUCUCUUCAGUUUGUUUUCCAUGAUCCAAUUCCCAGCUCCUGCACAACCUCACACUGGGCUACAACAUCCACGACAACUAUUUGAGCACUUUCCACACUUCAGAUGCCUUGCUGGACAUGCUCUCCACUGGAGAAGCCAAUGUCCCCAACUACGGCUGUGGAAGGAUGGACAACCUUCUGGCUCUUCUUGAUGGAGCUGAAAGGGCCAUCUCCAUCCAGAUGUCAACAUUAGGAGGCACCUACAAAGUCCCACAGAUGAAUCUUGAAAUUGCUUCAGAGGCUCUGAGUGAUAAAAGUCAAUUCCCCUUUUUCCACCAGAUGAAUCCCAAAGAAGGAUUCCAGUACCCAGCAAUUGUCCACCUGCUCCUCCAUUUCAGAUGGACCCUGAUUGGCCUCUUUGCUUCAGACACAGAGAAGGGAGAGAAUUUCAUGAGGACUUUCCCUCCUGUGCUUGUCAGGAGUGGAAUUUGUGUGGUUAUAUCACAACUGUUCUCAACAACUGGAUAUACAGCAUCCCUCAGGGAUUCCCUCUCUAAGUGGAGACAAGUCAACGUCUUUGUUCACUUCAUAGAAUAUGUGUCCAUUUGGGAGAGAAUUCUUCCUUUCCAUUUAACAUUUAUGCGUCUACCAGGACCCAUUGAAGGGAAAGUCUGGAUCCUCACAACUUUUCUAUGGUAUAUACUAAAGAAGCGCAGACUUCUCAAAUACAUCCAUAGUAUUUUGAACUUUGCAUAUCUGCCAAAAAUAAGGCCAAAAGAUUCUGCCUUUGAACCCCAUUUCUUUGUGGAAGAAAAGUUUCAAGAUCAUUAUUUUCUCUGUUCUCUUUCAAAGAACGUCUUUUCUGUCAAAAGCCGCAGAAGAUGCACCCAGAAAGCCCCCCUGGAGACCCAGAAGAAAAGGAACAGGAAAAGGGCCCCAAAUGAGUAUCAAUAUUACAGUUUCAUGAAGACUCUGGCCCAGGCCUUGAAUGCCGCUUAUUCCUCCAGAUCGAGGAGGAGAAGGAAGGAGGGAGAAAAGAGUUUGGGGUCUCCAAGGCUGCAGCCGUGGCAGGUAUGGGGGUCCCGAUAUGGAUCCAUUAAUCUGAGAUCCUUUGGAGGAGGAAUCCAGAGGAGAAGGAGGGGAACCAACUCAACAGAUCUGGCCAAUUCAAUUACUCAGGGAAUAAUAGUUCCAAAGAGUAGAUACCAUGGCAUUUUGAUAUUAAACUCUGCUCAUUUGAAAAUGCUGUAUUCUUUCUUAAAUGAAUUCCUGUAUUUGUGGGUUUGUGAUGAGCAUGGUGGAAUUUCCCCUUUGUUCCGUCCCCACUGCAGGUGGGUCUGUGUGCAGCUCAACAGGCAGCUCAACCCCCCUCUUCUCCUCCAGUGAAAGGGAGCCUGGGGUGGAUCUGGGUGUUUCAUUGGGAGAAAAGGGCACGGAGAAACUGAGGAAAUGCAAAGA